CAGAGAAGAAGAUGAAAGAACUGACAGACAAAAUGGCUGUGGGUAGAAGCUAGCCGCCUGGCUAAUGUAAACAUCAAGUCAUUGUCGACUGGAGCAGGAGCGACGACAACUUUUCCCGAUAACGUUUCACACUGCUAAUGAGCGUAAGGAUGAUGAGCCAGCGGUCUGAACGGCGCGGGAUCCAUCUGGACCAAUCGGAGCUGCUUUGCAAGAAAGGAUGUGGUUAUUAUGGCAACACAGCUUGGCAGGGCCUGUGCUCAAAGUGCUGGCGAGAGGAGAACCAGCGAGAAAGACAAAAACAGAUUCAAGAAGACUGGGCUCUUGCUGAGAGGCUGCAAAGAGAGGAAGAGGAAGCUUAUGCAAGCAGACAUCAGAGAGCCCAAUCACAGCCGACUAUAACACCCUUCAGCAAGUUUGAGGAAAGGAAAACAAAGGAAAAGUCCAGUAAAGUCAACACAGUCACAAAAUUUUUCACUCCCUCAGCAAAAACACCACCAAAAAAAGACACUACUUCUUUUGACACUCAAUCCAGUCCAAGCCCCAGCUCUUCAUCAAGCCGCCAUCCCCCUGCAGACACAGAUCAUGCAACACGAGAGUUCAUUGAUUUUCUCAAGCCUCUGAAAUCUGGCAGGGAGAUCUUUAAACAGUGUCGGGCUUUCACUGAGAGUAUGGUUUAUAAACGGGAUAUGGGAGCUGAUGAGCUGUCAGAGUGUGUGCAGGACUUUUACCAGAACCUCUCAGAUCGUCUCCAGACCCAGUUCAAAGGUUCCACUGAACAUGUCGAAAGUGUUAUGGAUGAAGUUGAAAAAUAUAUGAUGACUCGACUCUACAAGGAAGUCUUCUGUCCUGAGACUACUGAUGAUGAAAAGAAAGAUUUGGCCAUACAGAAGAGAAUCAGAGCCUUACAUUGGGUCACCAUCGAGAUGUUGUGUGUUCCUGUAGAUGAAGAGAUCCCUGAGGUGUCUGACAGUGUGGUCAAAGCCAUCACAGAUGUGAUUGAGAUGGAUUCGAAACGUGUACCUAAGGACAAGCUGGCAUGCAUCACACGUUGCAGCAAGCACAUUUUUAAUGCCAUCAAAAUCAGCAAGAAAGAGGCAGCGUCUGCAGACGACUUCCUUCCCACGCUUAUCUACAUUGUCCUGAAAGCAAACCCUCCACGACUUCAGUCCAACAUCCAGUACAUCACCCGCUUCUGCAACCCCAGCAGGCUUAUGACUGGAGAGGAUGGAUACUACUUCACUAACCUGUGCUGUGCAGUGGCCUUCAUUGAAAAGCUGGAUGGCCAGUCUCUGAACCUGAGCCCUGAGGAGUUUGAGCUCUACAUGUCCGGCCAGGCGUCCCCACACUGGCCACAAGGAGCUGGAGCCUCCUCCCCAGGCAGUGCAGCUCUGAGUCAGGUCCACAAGCGGCUAGAUCUGCUCACCGGCCUUGGCGAAAGGCAGGACCGGGUCAUCGAGAAGGCCCGCCAGCUGGAGAGUGACCUCAUCGACUGGACAGAUGAGGUAGAGCAAAAGGUGCAGAGUGUUCUAGAAAGCUUUCCACAAGAGACACACAACCCGACUGCAACCACAGCAAGUGGGACAACGUCUGCAGCAGCAUCAGCAAUAGACUCUGAUAACGUUGAGAAUGAGCGCCUGCCUCCACCGCUGCAACCACAAGUGUUCGCUGGUUGAUACAAGGAGCUCUGCUCUCAAAAAUCCCUCUAGAUGCUUUACUCCACCCUUCCCCUCCACCCUGCUGUCCACAUGCACAUACAGUGGCCAUCUGAUACAUGUCCCAUUUCCACUCCAUCCAUCAGGGUCCAGAUUGUGGUGACAGCAUACCAUAAUCCCUACAACAGCAACUACAACUGAACUGUCAUGGAAAUUAAGGAAUUAAAAUAAUAGUUUGGUGUUCAGGGAAAUGCAAUUAUUGGCCUUCUUGCUAAAAGUCAUUUAACAAAAGCACUUCACUAUAUCUGUCUGACAUAUUAAAGCUACGGUUAAGACAACUAGCAGGGGUUAGUGUUAAUUUGUAGAAAUCCCGGAAGCAUUGCCACAGACAAAAUAUAUUCACUUCCCUAUGUUAAUCUUAUUUGUUUAAUCUUACAUUUGUUUACUUAAUGAUUUGUGUUAGAGGCGACUCUAGAAAUACCAGUCUAGCCACUGCCUGUGCUAGUAGUCUUUGAACUCAGCAAACCAUCUCCUAGCUGUAGCAAUAUACAUAAUAGACAGAUAUAUGAGUGGUGUGAACCUUAUCAUUCUGUUUUCAGCAAGAAAGUGAAAAGGCAAUUCCUUUAACAUUAGGAACUGUUUAGCAGUGUGGCAAAGCCAAGGACUCUUCAGGAUGUUGGUCCUGGUUACAAAGUGAUGGAUCCAAUGCACCACAAACAGCAGAAGCCUUGAGACUUGGUUUGUCUUUUAGUUCACAUUCAGGUGUCCUUUGUCUUGCCAUGUCAUCAUGAGGCUCAGAUAAUUCAGGCUCAGUCCAUUUCAGUUUGGACAUAUAAUCCCUUUAUGAGCUUUGCGUCCUUGUUAUACGACGUGCAGGGAAUCCUUCCACAAAGUGACGUCCAGAUCACCUCGAAUGGCUCUUUUUGGGGUAAAGGAGCUGUGACUCCGCCCUCUGCUCUUCCUGAUCAUCUGUUUGUCAUGACAUCCUCAGUACCUCAAUACUUUUUUCAUCCUUUUGCUUUUUACAGAUGGGAUAAAAAGUUGGAAGGGAUUUUUAAACCUUUUUCUGUCAUCAUUUGUGACUUAUCAGGCGAAGUUGUUGCCGUUAUUUUGUGACGUCUCCAGGUGUGUGAGUAGCUUAUGUGUUUGAAUGUGCGCGUCUGUAACUUGACUGAAGGCUUAAAGGCUACCUGCAUAGUAUCCAUGAUUGGAACAGCAACUUUUAGUAAAAUAUGUUCUUGGUAAAGGAAAUGGAAAAAUCUGAAUUGGAAAGUUAACUUCCUCUCCCUGAAAUAACCCUCCAACUCAUGCUUGUGAUUUGUGCUGUGUUUGCUGUGUAUUUCCCCGUCCUGUGGAGGUAAUUUCCUGAGAAACAGAGUUUGUGUGAGUCUAGCAUGCAGGCGAGAGUGUGCGUGCGCGAGUAUGCAUUGCAUGGACAUGUCCCAUGAAUAUUGUUAAAUCAUAAAAAUCCAGUUGUGUGUGAAUAUUGUAGUCUUGUUUUCAUGCCAGACCUCUCACUCCAGUCAGAAGCUGGAUGUACAGAAGUGAUUUUAUUUUUCUAUAGAGUGGCAAGUAUCAACUCUUCUGGAUGCAAUAGGAGACAUUAAUCCUGUAAUAUUUACAGUAGUACUCUUGUUAAAGAACACUGCUUGAAGACGUGACAAAAAUUCCAAUGAGUGAAUAGUAAGCAAUUAACAUUUUCAAUCAAUACUUUUAUCGGCUGAAGAGGGUGGCAGAAGCAUGUCCAACUUUAAUGUAAGUCUAUUUUAGGUGAAUGAACUUAUGCUCUGUGGGGUUAGUAGACCAGAUGAUGAUGAUUCCGUUUUCUUUGUAAGCACCUGAUAUGAAACUACUCCUAACGCCUGUUGCUUUACUAGUGCAGAAGAAUAAUAUGUUUCAUUUAACUUAUUUUUAAGCACUUUUUUUUUUUAAAAAGACAUUAAAUGAAGGAAGUGAAUAAUAAGCUUCCAUUUAAAGGAUGAUGCUCACUGUCUUCAGAGAAAACAGUGGUGUUGACUGGCGGAUUUGACAGCCCUGUAGUGGAAGAAAUGUUCAAAAAGUCCCAGUUUGCAAAAUGUGAAGGGCAGAUUUUUUUUUAACCCCUUUCUCAUGAACUAAGAUUUUCUUUGCGUUGCUUGAUGUCUGCAACAGUAUAGCCCAUGUGCAGUUGGUGUCCAAUUUUAGUUUGACAAACGGCUUUUAAUGCAGAUCUUAACAAUAGCUUGAAUAACUUCAUAUUGCACUGUAUGCAGAAGCCAUUUACCUGAUAUUUUCAAAAGUUUCAAACACUUUGUAACCUUAUAGGUUUGUUAUCACAUGGGAAAAACAAAGUCAAUACUGUCUUUUAUUUAAAUGUAACUUAUUGCAGCAGUAUUGGUUUAUUUGCAUCUAUGGGUGUGUGAUUAUGAUGAUGAUGAUGAUGAUGAUAAUAAAUAAAAAUUGAAAACAGUG